AUGUGCCUCACCAACAACUCCAUUAAACUCUGUGGCACCCUGCUGUCCUUCUACGAAUCCAAGCCCAAAGAAGCAGCGCGGCUUCCGCUGCACGACCCGGCCUGGGCGUUCGUCCUGCCAUACUUUGACAAGCUGGUGCAGCACCAUGCAACCAAGUGGGUGAAGGAGCCCGGCAACGGGGCGCUUGUCUCUUGGUGUGCGGUGUCUCGCUGCUACAGGUGGGACGAGCAGCAGACGGCGGAAUGGGCACAUGGCGGCGUUGAUGCUGUCGAAGCUUGGAUGCGCCAGGCUCUCGGCAAGACGGACUGGUGGCAGGGAGAACAACCCGCACUCGUCGAGCAGUUUGGCAGCAUGUCUUUGCAGGCGCCGUCUAGCCCUGAGAGCGUUCGGCCCUCGGUCCACGAUCUCAACAGCCCGGCCACCGACCCCGCCCCCGCUCCCGAGACGCCCAACGCGUGGGCAAGUCUCGAGCACGACCCCGCGUUCAACCCGUGGGGCGCCAGCGAGGCGGACGAGGUCCCCGCCAGCAAGCCAGUCGCGGAGCCCAUUCCAUCCGUCGACCUGACGCCCGCUGGUCCAAUGCCGUCCCCCCAGCCCGCCCCGGCGGCAAAUCUCGCUGAGACCGACACCGUUGUCUCCGCGCCGUUCAGCACCGUCGGCAACAACACGGUCAUCUCUGCGCCGGCCAGGACCGUGUACACCCCGCCUCAGACGCCUCGCACGCCUCGCAGGGGCAGCGUUGUGGGCAACAGCACCGUUGUGUCCUCGCCCUUCAGCUCCGCCGGCACCAACACCGUCAUCGACCGCGUUCACCCCGCCGCAAAGAAUCCAGACGCCCCACCCCAUGCCCACCAGCACCAUCAUCUCCUCGCCGCCGACCACCGUUUUCAUUUCCCCGCGACGACCCCACGCGCGUCGUACCGCCGCCAACAGCACCGUGGUCUCUUCCCCGUUCGGCACCACGGUCGUCUCCUCGCGGCGUUCGACCGUGGUCUCUCGUCGACCGUCUAA